CAGGGGUCGGGGUGGACGGCGGUGGUGAUUGCUUAUAUAGGUCAAUUGCCGUCGGGAAAAAGGAUGUCUGAAACAUACCCUCGGCCAUCCUCCCCAGCAUGCUGUCCCUGGCGAUCCAGUCGUUGCUCUUCGAGGCCGACCUGCAUCCGGCCAGCCCGGCCCUGCAGCGGCGGUCGUCCGCGGAUAGCGAGGGCCAGGCUGUGAUGAGCCCACUGCCCGACCUGCAGACCAAGGGCUUGAUCGUGAUCAGUGCCCUGGCCACCCUCUCGCUCAUCUGUACCUUUUCUCUGCUGGCCUUUUUUACCUACCGCUUCAUUUUCUGGAAAAAAUACUACAAGCGCUACAUCGGCUACAACCAAUAUGUCGUGCUCAUGUUCAACCUCGUUCUGGCCGACUUCAUCCAGAGUCUCGGCUUUAUCAUCAGUCUGCGAUGGAUCGCCACCAACUCGGUGACCGCGUCCGAUCCGGCGUGCUUCCUGCAGGGCAUCUGGCUACAGAUUGGCGACCCCAUGAGUGGCUUGUUUGUGUUGGCGAUCGCGGCGCACACCUUCAUCCACGUGAGCUUGGGCCAUCAGAUUGAACACCGCGUCUUCGUCGCCAUCGUCAUCGGGCUGUGGACGUUUGGGGUGAUCACCACCAUUAUCCCCAUCGCCGCGCACGGACGGUACGUCUGGUAUCCCGCCGUGGCCUGGUGCUGGAUGACGCCCAAGUACGAGUCCAUGCGACUGUGGACCCACUAUUUCUGGAUCUUCGCCUCGGAGUUCUUUACCGUCGUCCUCUAUGCCAUCAUGCUCGUGCAGCUGCGGAAGAGGAUCGCCGAAUCGUCCAUCCUGGGCGAGCACAACUCGGACAGUCUGCGCCGUCUGAAGCGCGUCAUUUUCCAUAUGGGAUUGUACCCCUUGGUAUAUAUCUCCCUGACCUUGCCACUGGCCGCCGGGCGCAUGGCGUCCGCCAGCGGACACUCCCCGAGCGUGUUGUAUUUCUGCGUGUCGGGCAGUUUGAUGACGUUGUGCGGCUUCUGCGAUUCCCUCAUGUACACCCUCAGCCGACGAAGCGUGGUGCUGGAGCCGGAAGCCCGGAUCAACGGCAGCAGCAACAAGCUCUCCAGCCGACGCAAUAAAUCCUCGGUGGCGCACCAGUAUGGCGCCAGUGUCGAUGGCAACGGACCGACCAACACCACGAUUGCGCGCGGUCGGAGCGACUCGACUGAGGAGAUGAUCGGCAAAGAUGGGCUGGAGUUGACCCCGAUGGGGGUGGUGUUGCAACACACGACGAUCGAGGUCACGCAUGAGGCAGCCUAUGACUCGGCCUCAAGCAACCUGAGUGCCCCCCGGGACCGAAAUAGCAUGUACCAUUAGUGCGUGGGGCGUGCCAGUCAGCUGGUUGAAACAGAUUGGCGUCUGGCAGCUUGUGCGACCGAUUUCACUGGCCAACGAUAGUGAUUGGCCACAUAAUCUCAUUACACCCUGGACAGUUGACAAACCGUCAUUCUUCGCAUCCGCCGACUAUCCACACAGAUGGAAGCAUCAGUGGCAGCAAGACAAGCUUGUGACUGCGACGGGUCUUAUUCAGCGGCAUGGACA